AUGUCGUCCAAUAUCCAAGCUCUGCUCGCUGCUGCCCAAGGGCAUGGGGAUGUACGUGCUCACGGAAACGGAACGCAAGAGCAAGGCGCCGCUUCUCCUCAGGAAGGCCGAGCACAUCUGGGCAGUGUCGCAGCCAGGCUCAGCAUGUCUGACAAUCCGCACGGUCUUCCGCUUCACCGCUCACCGGCGUCUGCGCAACCUCCGAGUCCAAAGUCGGGCAUCGACUCCGUCAAUCCAUCCGUCGAUGGCAGCAACACAAAUGGCAUGUACCAUAAAACCCCAUCUACAUCGCUCUACCACAGCCCGACGCAAGGACACUCUUUUGGGCAGCAUCUUGCAGGGGCCAUGGGUGUGGAACGAUCGCAGCCAGGCCUGAAAGUUGCGACCAAUGGUAUCUCGCAUAUGUACCAGCAUGUGAGGCCCGCUGCCACGGCAUCCGUGAGCGCUGGAUCUGCCCCAGGCUCCGGCAUCCCUCCCAUUACAGCCUCGCGAGCCUUCAGCCCUGUAGGACCAAGCUUGUCGCAUUCGCCUGCGCACUCGCCGCAACAAGGGAUGCAAAUGACAGAGUCAUUCUCUACCACUUCCUCCUUCGCAACAGCUAGUGGAGGAGGAGGGACAAGCAAAAAAUCAAAGGCAGCAGCGACGCACACCAUUGCGGACGAGCUGGCGGAAGCGGUAGGCUCCAAGAAGGAUCGCAAGCGCAAGCGGGUGCACUACUCGUGCGCUGAAUGCCAUCGGCGGAAGCACAAAUGCGAUCGCAAGAUCCCGUGCAAGCCUUGCGUUGACCGAGGGAUCGGCGCCGUCUGCAGGCCCUUCGAGGAAGGAGACCAGCAUGGCGACGUGCGUGAUCGCGUCGCGCGCUUGGAGGAUAUUGUCGAGGGCCUCGCCCUUGCGCAGACCGCCAUGGCGCGAGAACUGGCCUAUGCUAAAGGGCUACUCCCUCCUGGCACGAAAGUGGAGGAUGAACCUGGCGCAGCUGCCGACCUGGUCGGCUUGGCGGGGCUUGCAACAGCGCCCGGCUCAAACGGUGGCAGCAAGAGUGUGACAGGCAAAGCCCAGGAUAGGUCCAUUCCCAUGGCGCAACCCACUUUCUCUGCUCUGCGACGUAGCCAGGAGGACUUGGGCAUGGAUGGCAGCAAUGAGGAUAUGGACAAUGACAUUCCUUUUGCCGAGCAAGACCAUCACGGCGCCAAGCGCACACGCACUGCCAACAAUCACCAUUCAUCGUCUGCUACUUCAUCCGCUGCUAGAGGUAGGUUCCGAGCAACGCAGGUAUCGGCGGCGGAGAAGAAUGAUCCGGAUGCACACGAACUGGAAAUCGAACGGAGGACGCUCGAUGGUCAAUUUGCCAAUGAUGGUGAUAGCUGGUUCGGAGCGCUGGCGCUGCCGAGCGUUAGCCGAGGCGUCAUCGAGACCGAGAUUCAUGGCGAAAAGCUGGAGCUAGGCGCUCGUAUGCCGAAGUACCCAGCAUCACACAAGCUUAACAGGCUCAUCUACGAGGGAGGCGCGCCGCCAGACAUUCUCGAUGAGCUCAUGUCUGGCUUGCCACCGCGUUGCGAGACGGAUUCGCUACUAGAACUCUACUUCCGCGAUAUCAACUGCACGCGUUUGCCCAUCCACGAAGCCGACUUCCGGCAGAGCUACGAAGACUUGAUGGAGUUCCGUUGGGGCGAUGCCGAAGAGCGGCUUGGGGAUGACGGUGCACGGCACCUGCCAUUCUUGUCUCUGCUCUACUCCAUCCUCGCCAUCGCCCGCCAAGCCAACGCCGAAAAUAAGGAGACAUUCGAGAGUGCCAAAACUGGUGCCACACGCCUGUACCACCUCUGCCGCAAGUGUACGCUCGUCGCGAGUGUCAUCAGGGUCGACCACAUCGACCUCGUCCUCACACAUCUGUUCACCGCGCGCUUCUUGACUGUCCAGCGCCAGAGCGCCGAGGCAUGGAGCCAGCUCGGCACGACGAUUCGCGCGGCGCAGGCGAUCGGCUUGCAUCGUGAUGGGAGCAAGCUGGGCAUGGAUGGCGUGACUACGGAGCGCCGCCGACGGAUCUGGGCUUUGAUCUUUUGGAUGGACAAGACCACUUCCAUCCUCCUCGGUCGACCGCAGGCCAUCCAGGAGAUGCAUUGCGAUACGCUUCCGCCAAGCGAUAUUGACAUCGACACCAUGCCGCGCUCGACGAAGCCACUACCACCAAAGCCUCCGUGCCAGGACCCAAAGUCCCCGCCGGGGGUCUACGCGUACGUCGCCAUCCGGCAUGAGCUCACCAAGCUGACCGGUCAAAUCGUCGAACACUUUCAGAAUUUAAGCUCGCCGCGCAAGUACUCGGAUUGCCUUCGACUCGAUGAGGAUCUCGAAAAGUUUCAGAAGAGCUUGCCUCCGCCUUAUAGAUCGGAAGCACUUGGUGGUAUUGAUCGCUCGUUCGAUAAGAUCUGCCCCUGGCUGCCAUUACAUCGGUAUUUGCUCAACGUCGAAUAUCACUAUGUGCGCAUCGCCUUGCAUCGUCCUUAUGUUCUGCGAAACUCGGACAAGUACUCACAAUCACGUAAGGCCGCCUUUCAGUCUGCCAAAAUGGACAGGCUGAUCCGCCAAGAGUACCAUCGCGAGGUCAAUUGGUCCAGCGAUCGCGCACGUAAGGUGCACAUGGGCGGUCUAUAUCGCCUUUUCAAUGCUACUAUGAUGAUCGGUGUGGCGCUUUUGUUGGACCCUAACUCGUCCGAGGCUCCGGAACUUCUUGCCAUUCUGGAUGAGUUCAUCGAGCAGCACCGUGCGUCGGACUUGGCCGACUUCUGCAGCAAGCGUGAGGUGAAAAUCAUCGAGCUCUUCCGCGCCAAAGCUCAAGAUCCGAGCUGGUGCGCUGCCACAGCCACAGGCGCGCGAAAGCGAGCUAACGCGCAGCGUGCCCGAACCACUACGCCCAAGCUUGGACCGCCAGUAUCGUCCAUGCGGACGGAUAUUACCCCAACGAAGAAGGCCAGCACAGUCGGGCCCACGGCUGCCGGCACUGUAGCUGGUCUGAGCAAUAUUUCGACGCCUCCUGAUGAAUCAACAACCUCUUCGAAUGAUAACGACCUCGCGCAGACUAUUUUCGAUCAGCUUGGCGGGCUUGAGAACUUUGGUCUCUACCAGAACUCCGUCCCGCCUGCUGACGGAACGCUUGCUCCGCAGCCCAUGACCCUUGACCUCAAUGGCGGUUUCGAUGAAUUCAUCACCUUUUGGUCAGAAGGCCCCACUGCGUCUACACCCGCGCCGCCCGAGACGAAAGACGUCAAAGCCAGCACCGGCAUGACGCCGAGCACGAGCCAAGUGGGCUGCGCUUUUGGCUCCUUGGAUACGCUCUCUUCGCCAGCCACCGGCACCGACAUGAACGUUUUUGGCAAAGGCGCAAUGAACGUGUCCUUCCCCCCCGGCGCGACGUUGGCUCCUGCUUCGCGUGGCAAUAGCGACGAUUCCACAUUGAUCCCCUGGGGCGGUCUCAUCGAGGCGAUCGCUCCAAGCAAUCAGGGUAUACCGAGUCACAGCCAUGUCGGCAAGCGGUGA